AUGGUCGUUAUAAACUUUCGGCCUGUGUAUUUAAAGCGGUUGUACCACGGAAUCGUUGGCAAUGUACCCGAAAUAAGAGUAUUAGCCGAGAUGUUGGCUGUUCCAUUUAACUGGGAGACUUCUGCAGGAUAUAAAAUAUUACUCAGGACAAUAUCAUUGUUACAAGACAACUCCUUCAAACAGAAUCUUUCAGCCAACUGCAAACGCCGCAAGGACAAUGGAGGACGCACUUCAUAUACAGAAGGCUUCACAUUUAGAGCGACCACAGUUGGGUAG